GGGGUCUCCUGGCAGAGAACUUCGGCGGCCCACAAGGCAGGGCAGAGGCACUUCUGGGUCUCCUCCCUUCUUCCCCUCCACGACUCCAGCCUAGGUCCUGGCCAUGAGAUCCCCGCACAUCCACCUCUCCACCGCCCCUGGCGCUCGGGCCCUGGCGAAGCUGCUGCUGCCGCUACUGAUGGCACAGUUCUCGGCCGCGGAGGCUCUGCUGCUCCCCAGAAACGACACGGGCUCGGACCCUGUGGCCUCCGGCUCCCCGUGCGCUCACGGCUCGCAGCCCUGGCAGGUGUCCCUCUUCAAUGGCCUCUCGUUCCACUGCGCGGGCGUCCUGGUGGAUAAGAGUUGGGUGCUCACGGCCGCGCACUGCGGGAACAAAAAGCCUCUAUGGGCUCGAGUAGGAGAUGACCACCUGCUGCUUCUCCAGGGCGAGCAGCUCCGCCGGACCUCUCAUUCUGUUAUCCACCCCAAGUACCACCAGGGCUCGGGCCCUAUCCUGCCAAGGCGAACAGAUGAACACGACCUCAUGAUGCUGAAGCUGGCCAAGCCCGCGGUGCUGGGGCCUCGAAUCCAGACCCUACGCCUGCCCUACAGCUGUGCCCAGCCCGGAGACCAGUGCCAGGUCGCUGGCUGGGGCACCACCACCUCCCGAAGAGUGAAGUACAACAGGGGCCUGACUUGCUCCAGGGUCACUCUCCUGAGCCCUAAAGAGUGUGAGGUCUUCUAUCCUGGCGUGGUCACCAGCAACAUGAUAUGUGCAGGACUGGACCGGGGCCAGGAUCCCUGCCAGAGUGACUCGGGUGGCCCACUGGUCUGUGAUGGGACACUUCAGGGCAUCCUUUCAUGGGGCAUUUACCCCUGCGGCUCUGCUCAGCAUCCAGCUGUCUACACUCAGAUCUGCAAAUACACCACCUGGAUAGAGAAAACCAUCCGCUCCAACUGAUCCAGAGGCCCUGCAACUCCUUCACCAUCUGCCCUCUUCUUGCUUCCUCUGCAGUCAGCUGGACUCUUCCCCUGCUCCUCUCAAACUUCUGCCGUCCAUGCACACCUGCUAACCUCUCUCCUCUUCCCUUGAGCCCCCUGCUCAAUGCUGUCCUCUGCCGGCAUUUAGGUGGAGGUGCAGAUAGUGGUAGCAAAGUGCUGUUCAUAAGUAAGUUGCAGUCACUAGUCUCGAGAGAAGUUGUCAGUCCCAACUUGGCUUCCUGCUUUGUGACCUUGGCCAAGCCCAGUAUCCUCUCUGGGCUUCAGUCUCCUCACCUGGAAAAUGAAGAUGAUGUAGUGCCUACCUCAUAAAAGUGUUACAA